UUCGCAUGCAUUCUCGCGGGCGGAUUUUUUCUUCUCCAUUUUACUUGUGGUAAUAAUAGGAUUAAUCUGGAUUUAUAUGUUUGCGCUGCCUAAUUAACGCGAGUUUUGAGCGCUGUUUUCGAAAGUUAGUGUUUGUGACAGUUGUUCGUUGAUCAAAAGUAUAUUGUCGACGUCGUGAGUCUUCCGUUGUUAGACCAGCGGAAUUACGCCACCUUCUUUAAUGUGCUUCAGCUUCAACCUUGAAGUAGGAAGAAACCUGUUCAUUGUGAUUAGGUGAUCGAAGAGAUUGAACAUGCUCGGGGACGAAAUACUGGCUCAGUUAACGGAAAUGUUCGGUGAUUACAUCGACCAGACGCGGAUCCAAAAUACGGUGAAAAGAUGCAACAACGAUCUGGAAGCAUGUAUUGAAAUGCUGUUAAAAGAUGAGGAUGAAACCGUUGACGAUAGUCCCAAGUUUCUCCAGGUACAAUCGGAAGAUUCAUGGGAUAUGCUAUUGAAUUCGGAAAGUUCGCAAAAUGCAAUGUUGCAGCAACCGUUACCAGCCGCUUCUACGGGAGCUAUCAAGAAGAUUUCCACUCAACAACCAACCGCGAACGAAUCACUCUCGUUUGCCUCCUUCCUGCACAAAGGAAGUACCCCGCAAGGUUUUGGCAGUCUGCCCCAGCCUCAGCGUAGUUCCAACAUGAUUCGCCGGGGUGACAAAUGGCCUUCAAAUUUUGAUUCCGUCGUUGAUCUCAUCAACCGGGGCUAUCGAGUGAUGGUUCUUAUGCGAGGUGCUCCAGGUUCUGGAAAAUCUUAUCUCUCGCGUGCUCUUAUCGAUAAGACGCUCGGAAAUGGAGAUUAUCGAAAUCACGUCUUCAGUGCGGACGAUUACUUCAUCGUGAACGGGGUUUACAGGUACCAGGCGGAUAGGAUCGAAGAUGCCCAUCGGUUCAACCAGAACAAUGUUCUAGCAAAGGCGCGAGAUGGGUGGAGCCCCAUUGUGGUGGAUAAUACCCACAUGAAGCUGUGGGAAAUGUUUGCCUAUGUGCAGAUUGCGGCAGACAAUGGGUACCACUUAGAAGUGUUGGAACCGGUAACGCACUGGAGGUUCAACUCGAGAAGUUUGGCCUCCAGAAAUACACAUGGCGUGCCAGAGGGGAAAAUUAAGGCCAUGUUGACGAAUUAUGAAAAGUUAAAGGAUACGACUGAGCUGUACAAACAGUGCAAAUUGGAGCACGCUUUGUAUCUUCCGCAGAAGAUGCGUCAUUUUCCGAUACUCAAACAGGAUUUGCAACUGAAUAUUGACGAGAAUCAAAACAGAUACCAGAAACAAACGACGGAACCAUCAUCUCUGGACACAGCUAUGAAAGAAUGGUCUACGACGGAUUGGGAAGCUUCCAACGAUUCGCAAACGAAAUCUACCCAUGGGGAAGCAGACGCCGACGAUAAUGCCAUAGACCUAGCAAACAUUCCAAUCCCGAAACCGCCACGGCUGGCGACACCAAAACACACAACGAUUGUUUCCACCAACAGUAGCAGUUCGAUGGCCGACGAUCAGGACUCCAACCAGCAGGUCCUGGCAGUACAAACCGACGUCGAAGGCGAUCCCGAAUGGUGCUGGCCUACGACCAACGAAAUCAGUUGGAAACCUUACGACAAGGAGAGCAUCGACUUCUGGACCCAAUCCGAUCCCACCGGAGGAGCACAGCGACUUGUAAAAACUCCUGAAACUCCUCAACCAAAGCGAGCUGAUCAACUCCAAGCUCCUACAUCGUUCCUUCUGUCGAGCAUAAAAAUCCCGGCAGAAUGGAAGACUCCGGAAAACUCAGCCGGUGUGACGCCGGUCAAGCCCAGCGAAAAGAAGAAAUCGGAAAAGAAACGGAUUGCUCUGGUCAGGCACAGACGGGGAUGCAAAAAUGAAAACACUAGUUUCUCGGAAAUUUGCAUCCUCUAUCCCCAGAUUCCGGUCCAGUAUUUAUGGGAUUUGUUCGAGAACUGCAAUGGGGACGGUGAUUGGACAGCAAAUCUGUUGCUAGAAGAGCAAAAGACAUACGAAUUCGAGGCAGCUGAUAAUGCAGAAGCCGGUGCGGUUGGCGGUCCACUCGCGUUUGAAUGUGAUUGCAAUGAAACAAUGGUAUCGCAAGUGCCUUCCGGUGAUCCCUCCGGCAGUGGUGGUGGUGGUGGAGGAGGGGGCUACGAAACCGAUCGUUCUACCGUCAGCUCGGAAUCACCCCGGAACACAACGAAAAGAAAAGACAAAGCCCUAUCGGAAGACUUACAAAACGCCAAAAAGCAGCUGGAAGCAUUCGUUGUCCUGGGAAAAGAACACUACUCCAAACAUAUACAGCAGAUACGGGCAUCCAAGGGAAUUAUCAGCAAAGAGGAAGCCGAUCGGAAAUCCGUAGAAUCGGAAACGUUCAGCACGGAAGAUCCGAUCAAAUCUGAUCCCGAAGUGCUGGAAGUAACGUUGGGAAUUAAUCUCAUAAGCCAGUUACACGCCACUUUCAAGGAUAAGCAUGGCUCGGGUGCCAUCUCCUUAGACGAACUAACCAAUGAGCGAACAAAGGUUUUCAUGGCUACCGAAAUGGCAGAACAGUUGUAUUUGUCGUUCUUGGAUUCCAUCUACAGCUGCAGGGAGGAAAACAAGAUUUACACGAUGAAAAAAGAUGCCCGAUUGGCACAGCAAAUGGAAGCGAAGGAAAAGUAUCCCGUUCUGUUCAAGAAGACCACCGAGGAUUCCCCCAACCUGAACGACAUUAUGGAAAUGGAGUACGCCCUAACGGCGUACCGAAGCGAAAUCAACGGCUGGGCUAAGCAAGCUCCGCAAGAUCUGGCCUCGCAUAUGACUCGUCAAAAGCUAGCCGAAAUGUAUCCUAGCGUUGACGGGAAAGUCCUGGCAGAAAUCCUACAUGCCCAUCAUAACAAAUUCAGCGACACUAUAACCGUCCUAAACAAUUCCAUUCCGGAAGAGCUGAGAAACCAAAUCGCCCGCGAACGGGAAGCCCUUCUGAAGCGAGCAGAAGCCGAAAAACAGAAACCACUUCCUCCGUCCUCAACGUCGCCACCUCCGACGGUCGACCAGGGACCGUCAUCCAGCGAAGACGACAUCAAUCUUCACCUGAAAACGGCCGAAGAAUGCCGCAAUCUGUCCCAACACCACCAGGAACUGAAAAACGAAUGCCACGAGAAGGCUCGGAAUGCCAUUCAGCGGGGCAUGGCCGGGGUGGCCGAGUACUAUGCCCAGGUUGCUCGGCUUCAUCGAACCAAAAUCGAUAUGUACAGCAGUAAGGCCUCGAAUGCCAUCAUGGAGGUGCACAAGCUGACGCUGAACAAUGUAGAUGUGUUGGAUUUGCACUAUCUACACUCGGAGGAAGCGCUGCGGUGUCUAGAGAUUUUCCUAGCGGAGCACGCCAGAAAGCUGACCCACCGGAGGCAGCAGUUCAAAGAACUGUUUAUCAUUACGGGACGCGGGUUGCACUCGGCAGAUGGCAUACCGAUCAUCAAGCACCGGGUGAAGGCUAUGCUACGGGACCUGGGAUUGAGGUGCGUGGAGUUGAACCCCGGUUUCCUGAAAAUCAAACUGCACAACAAUCCAGAUAUGCUGGAUCGACUGCUAGCAUCCUAAGAGGGAGACGUUCAGCGUAUACCGUAGACGAAAGUUUAUCGUGCCGGCAGGUGGUUGAGACACUGAGACACCUUUUUUGACUGACGAUUUUUUUAAACGAAAUGAUCAGACUUUUCUUUUUUGUUUUGCAACGGCCGAUCAGGUAUAAUAUAUUUUACUAUCAAUAUGGAGCUUAAUACAAUUUUUAUAGACAGGAAAGCACUUUAAUUUUUUAGCAUUUUCCUAUCGUGAUUGGUACGGGGAGUAGUGAGUGGGUCAUCGUUCUAUGGAAAAAAACGCAAACUUUACCUCAUCAAUCGAGAACAACCCUUUUUUGGUUUCAUUUGGAGUCCCAAACAACUGUGCAAAAUGUGGGGACGAUUGGUUGUAAAUCGGCUUUCUGCAUCGCGUUUGAAAUUUGUAUGGACUUUUUUGCAUUUUUAUCCCUAGAGACCACAAUUUUGCAUGAACCAUGCAACUAAUACAAAUAUAGUCCAGGAUGUGCCUAACAAUUUUGCCAAAGAAAGUACGGUGUUAGAAUGUUUCUAAAAUUAAUUUGAACUAAACACCAAA